AAAGCAUACAAAGGAAAAAGUGAUGCUCUUCAGAGGGAAAACAGUUCGAUACUCUGCGUGUGCUUUACAGCCCUUACGAACAACUUUUCCGCGGCAUCUCGAAGCUAGAUGACAAGAUAAAGCACAAAGCCGCGCCAGUUCAGCGUUCCUGCCCCUCCAUCGCUUCCUCAUCGUCCCUUGCUGCGGCUGCGGCGCCGGGCGGGGGCCGGCCCGAGCCCCGCACGCCGUCCCGGGGGGCGGCUGGGCAGACACAGCCAUACAGAUUUAUAUUUUAAAAAAGAUCGCGGGAAGUGCGGCUCCCGGAACCCGGGGGAGGAGGGAAGGCGGGCGGGGAGGCGGGAGGCAGGGAGGGGAGAAAGAGGGGCGGGCGAGGGGGGCCGUUCCCCGCCUCACUCCCACCCCCGCUGGCUCCGCCGCGGCCGCUGCCGCCGCUGGGCGCUGGGAGGCGGCAGCGAGUGCCCGCCGCCGGAGCCGUUUGAGGAACCACGAGCGGGCGAGCCAGACUUUUACCUUUUCUCUCUUUUUUCCCCUCCUCACCCACCAUGCCGCGGACGCCGCUGCCCGCGGGGGACGAGCGGCGGCUCAGCCCGGCUCCCUUCUCUUGAGGGGAUGCGGGAGGCGCGGCCGGGACGCAGCUAGCGCGACCCGCGCCUCUCCGCCGUCCUCCCCUUGCCGCGUCCCCGACCACCAUGAGGGAAGAGCGAGAAGCUGUGGCGGCGGCCGCCUCCCCCGCCGGGGCCGGCAGAGCCCCGCAGCACUGCCCGCAGCCGGACGGCGGCGGGGCGGCCGCCCCCGCGGCGCUGCCCGGCAGCGCGGAGAGCCUGCGGAACGGAUACGUGAAGAGCUGCGCGACCCCGCUGCGGCAGGACCCCCCGAAGAGCUUCCUCUCCUUGCUGCUCUUUCCUACCGCCUCCUCCUCCCGGGCUCGGCUCGCCCUGGGCGUCCUGGCCGCCGCUGCCCUCUCGCUCCUGGCCUUUCCCGGCCGGGGCAGCGCCCGGGAGCAGCAGGACGGGAGCAGCUGGCGGAGCCCGCGGCCGCUGCACGCCUUGCUGUGCCUGACCCGCUUCCUGAGCCCUCUCUUCAGCAUCGCCUGUGCCUUCUUCUUCCUCACCUGCUACCUGGUCGGCGGCCGGCGCGGGGAGCACGGCGGCGGCACGACCCGCUGGUGGCUGCUGGCGCUGCCCCUGUGCUGCUUCUCGGGGGACUUCGUGGCGCUGCAGUGGCUGCUGCCCGCGGAGGGGCAUGAAGAGGAGCCGCAGAUGUUCCUAGGAAGGCUCCUGACGGUGCUGGUCUCGGUGGCAGCGCUGACCCUGCCGCAGAGCUCCCUGAAGUUGCGCCGGAGCCUCCUCGUCUUGGUGUUGUGCAGCCUGGUGUGGCUGGUGUCGCUCAGCAGCCUCCAGGCGCUGCCCCCAGCGCUCGGCCCGCUGCUGGCCGGCACGGUCGGGGUGGCAGGCUGCCUUCUGGCACUCUGUGGCGGGGAGCACGGCAUCUUCUCGGCGCAGAGCCGAGGAGCGCACCACCAGCAUCACCGCCACCCACGGCUCCCCAGCGUGGAGGAAAAAGUGCCUGUGAUCAGACCCAGGAGGAGAUCUAGCUGCGUGUCCCUAGGGGAAACUUCGGUCAGCUACUACGGCAGCUGCAAAAUGUUUAGGAGACCCUCGUUGCCUUGCAUUUCCAGAGAGCAGAUGAUACUUUGGGAUUGGGAUCUGAAACAAUGGUACAAGCCCUAUUACCAGCAUUCCCAUCUAUUCCAGAGUGCUGGCAGUGGGAGCGGAGUUGAUCUCUCGGCGCUGAACGAGGCUCGGAACAUGCUCACGGAGCUCCUGAGUGACCCGUGCCUCCCACCACAUGUGAUCUCCUCCCUUCGAAGCAUUAACAGCCUCAUUGGUGCUUUCUCAGGAGCGUGCAGGCCAAAGGCCAGCCCAUUCACACCCUUUCCUGGUUUCUUCCCCUGUCCUGAAAUAGAGGAUCCUGCUGAAAAAGACCGGAAGCUGCUCAAGGGAUUAAGUAGCAGGAGCAGCCUGCCAACCCCACAGCUGAGACGAUCCUCAGGAGUUUCUGGCUUGUCAUCUAUGGAAUCAACAUCAUCCAGAUGGGAAAGGAGUAGCAUUAGCAAGAGAUCCCAUCAGGAAUAUAACACACCAAGCCAAGGAUCUCACUCAAAUGGGUCUUUUGGUGCAAACUUGCUGACAAUACCAAAGCAAAGAUCGUCCUCUGUGACCUUGGCUCAUCACAUGGCCCCCAGACGAGCAGCAACGACUUUAUUGUCAUCUGAACCCCAUGUCAUGUUUGUUUUGGAAGGUGCUUCUCCUGGCCUGAGUCCCGUGGGUUCACCAAGCCAUGGAUCUGUCUCCAGCGGGGCUUUCAGCAGCUGGUCACCUGUGGAGUUCCCUGACACGGCUGAUUUCCUCACAAAACCAAGCAUUAAUAUACACAAGCCUCCAGGACACACACUUAGCUCUCCAGAUUUUCAGCAGCCAGUUAAAACACCUGUAGGUUAUAUGUGUAGCAGCUGUGGACGUCAGAUACUCAAGCCUGUUCCAGUACCAGAGCCAGACUUUGCAGAAUACAGAGACAGAAAAUCAGUUGAAAUUGCAAGUGCUAAUGUCUCCAAAGAAUCUUUCCACCCUACAGAGAAGAGGAAAGAUGAAAAGAAGGAAUUGAUCGAUCAAACACAAAAUACACUGCUUGUGGAACAGAGUUCUACAUUAGAAACAAUGUUAUUAGACCAUGAUUCACUAAUGGAGAAGAUGAACAAUUGGAAUUUCCAAGUUUUUGACCUUGUAAAAGAAAUGGGAGAUCAGUCUGGAAGGAUCCUCAGCCAGGUUACUUAUACCUUGUUUCAAGACACUGGCUUGUUUGAAAUUUUCAAAAUCCCCACUCAAGAAUUUAUGAAUUACUUCUGUGCACUGGAAAACGGCUACCGGGAUAUUCCCUAUCACAAUCGUAUCCAUGCCACGGAUGUUCUCCAUGCAGUGUGGUACCUGACCACACGGCCCAUUCCUGGAUUUCAGCAAAUCCGUAAUGAGCACAUCAUGGAGAGUGAAAUAGAUGAAGCCAGUGGUAUUGCCCCAGUUCAAGUCAGCUACACUUCUUCAAAAAGCUGUCCUAUUACUGAUGACAGUUACGGCUGCCUGGCAUCAAACAUUCCUGCUUUGGAACUGAUGGCUUUGUAUGUAGCAGCUGCCAUGCACGACUAUGAUCACCCUGGACGUACCAAUGCUUUUCUAGUGGCCACAAAUGCACCUCAGGCUGUUCUUUACAAUGACAGAUCAGUCCUAGAAAAUCACCAUGCUGCAUCUGCCUGGAAUCUUUUCUUAUCACGACCAGAAUACAACUUUUUAUCGAACCUUGAUCACGUGGAAUUCAAGCGCUUUCGUUUCUUAGUGAUUGAAGCAAUCCUUGCCACAGACCUCAAGAAGCAUUUUGAUUUCCUUGCAGAAUUUAAUGCCAAGGUGAAUGACAUGAACAGCAAUGGCAUAGAGUGGAGCAAUGAGAACGAUCGCCUGCUGGCCUGUCAAAUAUGCAUCAAACUGGCUGAUAUCAACGGCCCAGCCAAAAUCAGAGACCUGCAUCUGAAAUGGACUGAAGGCAUUGUCAAUGAAUUUUAUGAGCAGGGUGAUGAGGAAGCAAGUCUUGGAUUACCUAUAAGCCCCUUCAUGGAUCGUUCUUCUCCCCAGCUGGCGAAAUUGCAGGAAUCUUUCAUCACUCACAUUGUUGGCCCCCUUUGUAAUUCCUACAAUGCAGCUGGGUUGCUUCCAGGGCAGUGGAUUGAUGAAGAGGAGGAGGAUGCAGAAAGCACUGAAGAUGAUGAUGGUGCACAGUUAGAGAGUGAUGAUGAAGAAAUGGAAGAUGAUCUUAUUUUAAAAGCUCAAAGAAAAAAAGGUAGACGAAUAUUUUGCCAGCUAAUACACCACCUCAGUGAAAAUCACAAAAUAUGGAAGAAAGUCAUCGAAGAGGAAGAGAAAAACAAAACAGAAGGAGCCAAACUGCUGACUGAAAUCUCAUCUUUACCUCAAGCAGAUGACAUUCAGGUUAUUGAGGAAGCUGAUGAAGAUGAUGAACGGCAGCUAGGAGAAGAGAAGACUUGCUGAGGGAGCUCCAGCGGUGUCCAGUGUGAUGACAGCCUAUGUUUUUUUCCCACUGUGCUGACUUCAGCCUGACACAGCUCACACACAAAAUCGAAAGGCCUUAAUACUGUGAGAGGAUUCUUUUUGCUCUGGUGGAAUCCCACUCCUAUGCACUUUCGCCACACAGAACUUGAUUCAGAGAUUGAGUAUUGUAUACCCUGAUGCAAAGUUCUUUAUGCCUUAGUUGGUAUAAAAUAUCCUGAUAUAAUGCUGCCUUGCUGAAUAUGGAACUCUUCUUUUCCUUGAGGUACCUGCAGUUUUUAAAAAACAUUCAGUGACUUUGAUUACCAAAGUGGCAAGAACUUUUCGCUAACAAGGAACAGCGGGAUGAAUCCUAAUGUUGUCUUGAGUUGCUUAUUUCAUGUUGUUUUUGAACAUGAAUGAGAAAAAAAGUCUGUGCCUACAUGAAAACUAUGUUACUGCUGCAGUGCAAGCCUGUUGUGGGGUGUCUACUUAGUGCAGUAGUGUGCUUCAUGUAGUCAUCUCAGAGCAACUGUUCAAGGACUGUGACAUAAAUGCUGAAUUCUGAUACUUGUGGUUUAAAAAGAGGAAAGAAAAUCCAGGUGCAUCUAUUUCUGAUGCUUUUUAUUAUUGUGCAUAAUCUGAUGUUUUAUUUUUGCAGAAAAUAUUCAGGUUUGCAGUGGAUGUUCAUGAUAUUUCAUUGAAUACAAGGCCAUUCUCAUCUGUUGCCUUGCUGUUUUGUGGUAGAACAUUAAAAACCUGUUCAGCUACUUAAAUUAUGAAGGACUUUUAUUCUUUUAGUCAUAAGUAAUGUUGUAUUUCCUGCCCUUACUCAGGUUCACUUUAAAAACAAGUCAACCACAUCACAGAUUUUUAUCUUGCACCCAUUUCCCAUAUUAAAUUUAAAGGAAAUAAGAUCGUAUCUCAUUUAUUCUUUGUAUGUAAAGCUCUAGGAGAAUUAAAGAUUUUUUUUUAAAAGACACAAACUACUGUUGCAAAAUGGCUAUUUUAAUUUGCCCCACACAUUUUUUCCAUCACAGACACAGUUUUUAUUGCCUUCAAGUUUGAUGUACAUCCUGAAAUACACAUAUGGAAACCAGAAGGUGGAAACUUUGUGUAAAGCCAGAUACAAGAUAAAAAUCAUUGUACUGUACCACAUUUUAGAUUGUUGAGUUUUAAAAUAGCAAACUUACACAUUCCACCCCAAUGUAUUUUUAGAAACACUACCAUUGUAGGUCUAAUUUGUAAACAAACAAAAAAAAAAAGUUGAAAAUUAGGCUACAGGUAAGCAAGCCACAGAUAAGGCUAGUUUUAAAAGUGCUCCUUUUAGUACUGAACCUUUAAAUGCUGUGUAGUUGAACUGAAUAAAACCCAAAUGCACGUGUGCUAUUUCUAAAUGUGUCUCAGCAUAUUUGUGUUUGCAUCAAUUGACUUGGAAAAAAAAAAAAGAUAACCUUGUGUAAACUGUAUUACAAUAUUUUACAUAGGUUUUCUUUCUGCUGUUUCAUUGGCCAGUUUAAAUAACUGAAAGGUUUGGGGUUUUUUUUUUUUACUUUUUGCUUUUUUCACUAAUAAGCCUUUUGUUGAUGCACUUAAAAGACCACUGAAAUGUGCUUUUGCUAUAUCUUCAGUGCCAAAUUCCCCUUUGCUGCCAUUAUCACUGUCACUGCAGGUUUUUUGUAACAUGAGCAGUGUUAAACCAGAUAUUUCUGUCAUUAAUAAAAUGUUGCACUAUU